CGGUGCACAUGAAAAUCACUUGUACAUGUUUCUCCUUUUGUAUCUUUUUGUUUUAAAUUCCUUACAGUAUAUAUAUUACUUCAAGGAUAUUACACUUCCAGCCAAAGAUAUAUAUGAAUUUUAUUUUGAGCGGUGAAAUAUUGUUUUAAAUGCAAGAAAAUACAAUUCAUAUCUUCAAGCUACCGUUUAAUGUUCUUAUUGUUAUAUAGACAAAUUGAUUGUUUGCAUAAACAACCAUUAAGAAGUGGGAAAUGACAUCACCAUUAUCAUCACUAUUGAGGAUACAUAGAAUAUAUGCCACUCGGGUCCUGGAUGGAGUUUCCUAUUGAUUUCUCAAGGGGUGUAUUUUCCAGUAAAACAUUCCUCUACAUGGCAGUGUUAAGUGGAAUUUGUUUUCUUAACUUUUUUGGCUGUAAUUCUCUUUUCUCAUUAUUCACUAAGUACUGUAACUGAAACAUAGAAAUUUGUAAUCACACUUUUAUAAAAAUAAAUAAAUGAAUGUAAACAUAGCAUAUUCAAGGUGCAAUUUAUUGAUCAGAAGUUUGCAUGUAUAGUGAAAACAAGAUUCUUCUUGCUAAAUCACUUCAGUGUAUUAAUUUAAAAACGGUAAACAUUUUACACCAUGUUAGGCGUUUUAUUCAAAUGUUCUUAAUAUUUAACCAUGAAUUAAAUUUUGUUUAAACUAUUAAAAUGGCUUUUAUUGUUUCAGGUGGUGUUAUGGCUAAGAGACUUGUUAAGUCGUUACUCACAGAAAUUAUUAAGAGACAAGCCCCAGUUCCUUGCAGAUGUGGUGGUGUCAUCUGACAGAGCUAUUGAGACUCCUUUCCGACCAUUUUCCCAAAGUGUCCUGUCUAGAAAUAUUUUUUCAUCUCAGACAAGACUGAAGCCAUUUCCUAGUUACCCUCGCGUGGAUCCAAAUAGUUUACAAAGUGCGAUGAAAGUCCAAACAGCUCGUUUAAACCCAAGACCCCCAACUGCAUCUACCUCUCAUGCACUUGAUAGUAGAGACUCAGAGACACCCUUUCCUCAGCCUCGCCCGCUUUCUAGUAGUACAGUCCAUUCACAAUUUUCACGAGUGAUUGGUGGGCACACUUCAGACCCAUUCAUGUUCAAGAAACCCCAACCAGGCAGGAAAAACAGGAACUUACCGAGUUUACAACGCUCCAAUCACUUAGAAAGCGGUAAACCUAAAACACCUAGUGUACAGGAUGACGUUAUGAGAGAUAUCGUUCAAGGAAAAAAAUUAUUUACCGAGAAGGAGAGACUUUCGUCUCCGCCUCAAGCGCAUCCUAACUCGCCAACACCAAACCUGGGAAGAAUCGUACUUCCUCCUAUAGACGGGUCUCCACACAGAGAGACACCAGUCCAUCCAAAUGGAGGUAGAAACAGUGCGAAACAAGUUUCAUUCCGGUCUUCAAGCGCAUCAAGUGCGGCAACGAACGAUUCUAGGAAACCUUUGAAAGACAGAUCACCGUAUUUUACAGAGCCAAGACCAUAUACAUCAGCUGAAACGCCUUCACUGAAAAAUGAUCUAGCAACUCGGCGCUCGUCAACCCCCAUGGGGACCCAUAGAGUAGGGCUGUACUCUCGAGACCGUCAAACCAGACAUCCACAGAGCCCCCUGAUGACGGGGAUCACUGGUGUAAGUAUGUCAAUUAGCAGUCAUCCUGCAACCGAGGCUAACGCGUCAUCGCUUACCUCAUCGUACAGUCAUCAGUAUGAUGGACGAGGAAUCUCGCCCGUUAGCGACGAGGAAUACGAAGGCUUGAAAAGUCCUGGGCCUUCAAAUCAGCAUUCUCAGAAAAGAAGCAAAUUAGUACCGAGCAUUAGGUAGCAUAUAACCAAAUCGAAGAAAAUAUAUAUCGAGGACAAUUUGAUAUUCAUCACCAGUAUUUAAUUGUUCCGUUUGUUACGAAGAUGUACAGAUUGUUGAUCGUAAUAUAUUUUGUACAGAAAUAAUUACUCCAUAGAAACAUUUCUAACUUUCUAAAUGAACUAGGAACAGAAGGCUUCAGAAGAGGUUUCUUCGGGAGCCCAUUGCUCCUUUACAAGCGAGGGAAUGGUUGUGGGAGCUACUGCAUUACUCCUUUAUCAAAUCAGUUUUAGUCUACCCUUGUUACACAUUCGUCUCUGUUGCAAUGUUGCAAACUGCAAGCUGCAAGAUGAUGUUGAGGUUCUCUUUGAUAUUUCCAACUUUAAGCACAGCACAACAACAAAAACCACAACAAUACAUGUUUUCCGUUUAACACACACAAUUCACAUGGUCACCGUUGUCACAGUUCAUGAUAACUAGGAAGAUAUCGUAUUUAUCAACUAUAGAUAUUUGCGAAGUAUCGUAGUUUUGCAAUUUUUGCAAUUACUUCGUUUUUGCUCUAUAUACAUGUACGUUGCAAGGUAAAUCACAAAAUCUGUCUUUACUUUGAGCUAUCUACAUUAGCCUGUUCUUCGCGUAUUUUCGUCCUUCAGUAUUUCACAACUCCCUGUGCCUGCAUUUCUCAUCGCAGAAUCAUGCAGUUGCAUUGCCAAGCAACAUAACGUGAAUUUUAUAGUCGUGGCCUUUGCAUUGUUUCGAGUGAAUCAGAUUGAGAACUCUCAAAGUGUAAUAUAGAGCAGUGAUAAACCUUUGCAACGAAACAACGCACUUGCUGCGACCAAGGAAUUUCUAGAAAAGAUUCAAGUAAUUGUGAAUCGUUUUACGUUUGCACACGCGAAGCCAAAGAUACCAAGAAGCCACUGUGCAGAGCAAUACGUGUCCUGAAUUGUACAUUUAUAUUACGGACGUCCCUGUAAUAAGCUCCUUUUCAGAUCUUGACCAAUCGGGAAAUUGCUCAAGGUAUAAUGUAUUGGUUCUAGGGUAUGAUAUUUAUAGAAUAAUGUAUUUAUGGAAAGAACUCCAUUUCUUAUCAAAAACGACAAUUUGAAAUUUAGUUCAUCUUGAUCGAUAUAACCGAGGCUGAUUAAUUCCGCUGUCAGUCCAGAUACUGCUUGAGCAUUUAUGGCUUAUUGCUCAGUGGUAGAUAUUUUUGUAUUUUUUUCAUGUAAAUAAUAAUAUUAAUAAAAAAUGAUGCUAGGUUU